AAAGAAGAAAACCUCUCACUACUGAAAAUGGAGAAUCAAGAGCCUCAGAUCGAAAAAUUCCCCCAAGACGAAGCUCCCGAUAACGAACCAGAGCAGAAGAAGCUCAAGAUCUCCCCCGCAGACGAUGAACCAGCUCCUCCGCCGGCCGCUGCAUCCGCCGUAAGCGGCGGCGCUGAGCGUAGACCGCCGAAAUACAAACGCCGGAAAGUCGCGAUCGUGUUCGCCUUCUGCGGAGUAGGUUACCAGGGAAUGCAAAAGAACCCCGGCGCCAAAACCAUCGAAGGCGAGCUCGAGGAGGCUCUCUUCCACGCCGGCGCCGUACCGGAAUCCGAUCGGAACAAACCGAGAAAUUACGAGUGGGCUCGAUCGGCUCGAACGGAUAAGGGAGUGAGCGCGGUGGGACAAGUCGUCUCGGGUCGAUUCUACGUCGACCCGCCCGGGUUCGUGGAUCGGCUCAAUUCGAAUCUCCCCGAUCAGAUCCGUGUGUUUGGGUUUAAGCGCGUUGCGCCGUCGUUUAGUUCCAAGAAGUUUUGUGAUCGGAGGAGGUAUGUGUAUUUGAUCCCUGUUUUUGCUCUUGAUCCGUGUUCGCAUAGUGAAGCUGAGAUGGCUAGGUCGGAUUCGGGGUAUGAGUAUGUUAAGUGUGUUGAGUGUUGUGAGAAAGGGUAUAAGAUCCCACUUGGUGUUAUGGGGAAAGAAAGUGAUGGAAAUGUUCAGUCAGACAUUUCGUCGAACACUUGUGGUGCAGUAAAGGUUGAGACUUUGGAGACAGAGUCUAAAGCCUUGGGGGAAGAAGAGAUGAGGAAGUUUUGUUAUGGGGAGGAGGAGAAGAAGAGGUUUAAUAGAAUCCUAGGAUAUUAUGUUGGUUCACAUAACUUCCAUAACUUCACCACCAGAACUAAAGCAGCAGACCCGGCUGCUAACCGCUACAUUCUCUCUUUUAAUGCUGAUACAGUGAUUACACUUGAGGGGGAAGAGUUUGUGAAGUGUGAAGUUGUGGGGCAGAGCUUUAUGCUUCAUCAGAUCCGGAAAAUGAUUGGGCUUGCUGUUGCUGUCAUGAGGAACUAUGCACCUGAGUCACUGAUCCAAACCGCUUUCAAGAAGGAUGUGAGAAUAGUUGUACCGAUGGCGCCAGAAGUUGGACUAUACCUUGAUGAAUGCUUCUUCACGUCUUAUAACAAAAGGUUUAAAUCCACUCAUGAGGAGGUGUCAAUGGAAGAAUACAAGCAAGUAGCUGAAGAAUUCAAAUGGAAGCAUGUUUACUCUCAUAUAGGCUCAGCAGAAGAAAAGGAUGGAAUUGUGGCGAUUUGGUUGCAUUCAUUGAACGAAAGAAACUUUCCAGACCUACGUGUUGCUGAACACAAACCUGAUGAAGUCAUUGUCUAUAAGAAUAUCAGUGCAGCCUCUGAAGAAAAGAUCAAGGAAGAGGAAGUUGCUGCGAAAGAGAACACUAAUGACGCUGGAGAGCUACUCCUUGACAGUAAGGUAAUUGAUGAAACCUCUGGAGGAAAGAGUAUGGAAGAAGGGAUAAAAGUGGAAGAGAACGCAGCCGAGUGAAGCCGCUCUUGCCUACUGCGGAUCACUGGAUUCAGGUGGAAGCAUCGCAUGUCCAGUAUGCUUCAUUUGUUUUAGAUCUUGACAUUGUUUAUGUGACCUUGAGUUAUGUUUUUCCAUAUGACUAGCUACGGUGGAAACAUGCUUGGCCUUUUUUUUGUUUGUCCUCGUUACCAAAACCAUUCAGACCAAUUGUUUUGACACACAACUAGGGCUGGACAAAAACCCUGGCUCUGAAGAACUGAACCGAUCGAAAAAAAUAGUAUCUAACCUGAAUCGAAAUUGAUUUAAUAUCCG